AUGUUAGAACCGUCGAGUGCUCGCGAAGCUUGGCUGGUCGAGCGACUGCGAGAAGCACAGGAGCGGGCGGAGAGCGAGAGUCGGCGAGUGGCGCAUCUGGAGCGGCAGGUGACGCUGGUGCUGCGCGAGAUGGGGGAGGCGCAGCGCCUGGUGGCGGGGCUGUCGCGGAAAAACGCGGAGCUGCAGGGGGAAAUGGCGCAGCUGAUGCUAGCACAUAUGGUUGUGGGGCUGGCGGAAGCAGGAGCAGGGGGGGCGGAGUUAGGGAUUCGUGAGGGGGGAGGGGGUGAAGCUGGCGGGAUGGAAGAAGGGAGAGGGGACAGUGAGGAGGUAAUUCAACCGUCCAGCCGGCAGGCGUAG